GUUUUUUGCAAUUGUUUGUAAAAAACAAGCUGUGUACACACAUCAAGACACCGGUUGUUGAUGAAUGUUAUUAUAAAACAUAAACAAUGUAUAAAUAGUGGUAAUAAUAAUUAAAAAAAACUAGUGGUUUAUCAAUAAAGUUAAUAAAAAUAAUAAAAUAAAUUGUAAAAAAUGUUGGCAUUGCCAAAAAGUCCAAGUAAAAUGAGUAAAGAAAAUUCGGAGUUAUCAUUACAACUACGAAAUAACAGAAAAAGAGAACGCCAAGAACAACAACGUCGUCUUCUGGAAUUACCAUCAAAAACAAAAGAAUUAACAUUAUCAAAUUUAUCAAAUGAAAAAUUAGAAUUAGCUGUUGAACUUGAAGAAAAAAUGCGUGAAAUACAUGAACAACAAAGGACAAUGUUAAAUUUACAAGAUAAAAUAUAUUCAAAUACACGUUUAACAAUGUCAAAAGAAAAAUAUGAAUUAUCUGAAAAGUUAGAAAAAAAUAUGAAUGAUCUUGAGGAUGCACAAAAAAAAUUACUUGAAUUACAUGCAAGAUCAAGUGAAGAUGCACGUUUAACAACAGCAUUAGAAUUACAACUUGAAGAAAAAAAAAUUAAACUUGAUGCAUCAUUAAAAGAAAGAGAAAAACUUGAACGUGAAUUAAGUAAAAUUAAAACAGAAAUGGAUUUAUUAAAAAGAAAAUUAGAUGCUAAAAUUCAAGAACGUUCUGAAUUAGAAAGAACAGUACUUGAUAUAAUAACAAAUGCUAAACAAAAAUGGGAAUUAUCAGAAAAAAAAAAAUUACGAUGUUUAAAUGAACAUAUUGAAAGUCAAACAGUACGUAUUACUGAAUUAUGUACAAGUAAUAAUGAAAUGUCAUCAAAGCUACAACGUUUACAAUGUGAAUUAGAAACAACAACUGCUGAAUUACAUAAAUUACGUACAUUUCAAAUACAAUAUAAAGAAUCAUUAGCUAAAACACGUGAGCUACGUCGUCAAAGUGUUGCUGGUGUUGAAAAUAAACUUGAAGAAAUAGCAACAAGAAGUCAUAGUCAACUUGCUGAAAUACGUAUGAAACUUGAAUCUGAAAUGUUAAAAAAUAAUGAACUAGAAAAUGAAUUAAGAAAUGAAAGAGAUGGUAAUCAUUGUAGAUUAUCAAGAAUGACUGUUGCAUUAGAAUUAGCACAAUCAGAUUUAAAAGAUGUUAAAGAACAAUUACGUAGUGCACAAGCAAUGAUACCACCACGUGAUGAAGAAAUUAAUACACUACGUAAUCAAUUAAAAGAACGUACAAAACAACUUGAAGAUAUUAAUAAUAAAGAUGAUAUUGUUAAAAAUUUAGAAAAUGAUAAUGAAAAAUUACGUAAAGAAAAUGAAGAUAUGAAAAUUAAAUUAAAUAAAACAAAAAUUAAUUUAAAUGAUACAAUAACAAAUUUAAAACAAAGUGAAAAUAUUGCUAAAAUAGAUAAAGUUAAAUUACAAGCUAAAUUACAAGAAUCACAAGAAAAAGAAGAUGAUCAAUUACGUAAAGUUGAAGAACUUGAAGAGUUACUUAAUAAUUUACAACAAAGUGUUACUAAAUUAGAAGCUGAAAAUGCAAGAUUAAAAAAUAAUACUGAUAAAAAAUCAUCAUCAUCAAGAUCAUCAACAACAACAACAACAACAACAACAGCAGCAGCAGCUCAACAACAAUUGACAAAUGAUGAAAAAAAAGUAUAUGAACAACAAAUUGAACGUUUAGAAAAACGUUUAGAAUUAACACGUGAUAAAUUAAAUACUGAAAAAGAUACAUUAUUAAAAAUAAAAUCUGAGCUACGACAAAAAGAUAUUGAAUUAAAAAGUGCAAAUGUUGAUAAAAGAAUUGCUGAACGUAAUGAAAAAUCAUCAAAAGAUAAAAUUGAGCAGUUAGAAAAAGAAAAAAAUGAAUUAACUGAAAAGUUAAAUAAAAAACAAGAAGAAAUUGAUGAAAAAUCUAAAAAAAUAUCAACAGAACUUGAUAAAGCUAAAGCAUCAUUAGCUGAUAUAACAAAACAAUCAUCAAGAAAUCGUUUACAAGCUGAUUCAGCACAACGUGCAUUAACACAAGCAAAUGAACAAAUUCAACAAUUACAAACAUCAAGUUCAAAUUUAAGAAGAGAACUUGAUGCAGCAAGAAAAGAAAAACAAACAAAUCAAGAACGUGUAACAUCAUUAAAAAAUGAAAAUAAACGUUUUUUAAAUGACAUCACAAAGUUGAAUGAAUUAAAAAAUUCAUUGGAAUGUAAAAUUGAUGAUUUAGAAAGAAAAUUAAAAGAAGUUGAAUUAAAUAAUGAAGUAUUAAAAGAAACAUGUGUUGUAUUAGAAGAACAAUUGACUGAUUAUGAAAGAUUAACAUCUGAUCAUGAAACACGUGAAAAUACACUUGUACAAGAAAAAAUGAGACUACAAAAAGACAUUGAUGAUGUUGAAAAAAAAUUACGUGAAUCUAAAAUUGGCCAAAAUGAAGAAAAAACACAACGUCUUAUUGCUGAACGUAAAAUUGAAAAACUAGAAUCAGAUAAAUCUGAUAUUGAAAAUGAAAGAGAUCAUUUACGUCAAAAAAAUAAUGAAUAUAAAGAAAGAGUACAAGAUUUAUCAAAUCAAUUAACAAGCUCAACAACAAAAGUACAUGACAUGGAAUGUGAUUUAAUACAUCUUGAACGUGCACUUGAACAUGCUAAAACUGAUGCAAUACAAGUUAAAGAAGAAAGUUCAGUAUAUUUAACACGUUUACAUCAAUUAAAAGAUUACAAUGAAGAAUUAGCAAAUGAUUUAAAAUCAUCAAUUGAACAAGGACAAGAAUUACGUUCACGUAUUGCUGAAUUAGAAUCAGUAUUAGAAGAAAUGAGACAAUUUUAUUCUGAGCAUGAAUUUAAAAAUGAAGGUACAAGACAACAACAAACAAAAUUAAUUGAUUAUUUACAAUUAAAAUUAGAAGAACAAUCAAAGAAAAAAAAAAAUUUUUGUGAUAAAAUAUUUAAAUCAAAACAAAAAGAACAAUUACCACCUUUAAUGCAAUUAAAUGGUUGUAGUAUGCCUGUUGGUUAUCGUGAAUUAGAAAAUCAAUUAUCACGUGAAAGAGCUAAAGUUAAAAAAUUAACUGAACAAUUAUUAGAUUUAAAAGCAACAAUUGCAUCAACAACACCAACAUCACCAACUAAAAAAACAACACCAACAAUCAAUAGUCCUAAAAAAUCUAAUAAUAAUAAUAAAAAUGAAGAAAUUUUACAGGACGUAUUUAUACAACAUAAUUCAGCAUCAAUAAAAAGAUCAAGUCAUAAUAUACAUCAUACAUUUCAGGUUGAAAUAUUAUUAUUAAAAAAUCGCAAAUGUACAGUAUGUAAUGAAACAAUACCAUUGGGUAAACAAGUAUCAAAAUGUUCACAUUGUCAAUUGAUAACACAUUGUAAAUGUUCAUCAAAAGCUGAAGCAAUUUGUGGAUUACCUGGUGGUUUUAUUGAACAUCUUAAACAAAAUUGGCGUAAUUCAGAUGAAAGUAUAUCAACAUUAAGUGGUUCUGUACAAACAUUAACAAUUGAUGAACCAGAUUAUACAACAUUUAAUGAUGAUGAUGAUGACGAUGAAGAUGAUGAUGGUAAUAAUGAUAAUAGAAAAGCUAAUAAAAAUAAUAAAAUUACAAUGGAAAGUUGGGUUAAAGUUACUGGUAAUGGUAAAACAUUAUGGGAUAGAAAAUAUCUACGUCUUGAAAAUGGCUAUUUAUGUGUUUAUGAGCAUGAACCAUUAAAAAAUAUGUCACCAAUAAAUAAAAUUAAUUUAACUGGUAAAACUGGUUUUUCUGUACGUGAUACAAUUGAUCAAACAGAUAUACCUGGUACAGCAAAAUCAGAUUUAGAAUAUAUAUUUAGAGUUGAAGAAGGCUCACUUCCAUGUUGGUCAUCACCACCACGUCUUGAUAUUAUGGCAUUAAGUCAAGUUGAUAAAAAAUCAUGGUUAAAUGCAUUAAAAUCAAUAACAACAUCAACAUCAUGCUUAGCUAAAAAUACAAUGUCAUCAACAAUAUUAAGAUUAGAAAAAAAUCGUUUAGAUUUAAAUUGUGUUGUUGAACUUGAAAAAGAAGGUGUACUUCUUGUUUGUGCACAAGAGGGACUUUAUUCAUUUCGUCCAUCACACAGUAAAAUAUUAACAGCAAUACGUGGUGUUAAAAAAGUUAAUCGUUUAUCAUUACAUGAAAAUAUUGGCUUGGCAAUUAUGAUUGCUGGUGAAGAUCGUAAAUUAGUAUCAUGUGAUUUACGACAAUUAAAAAGUAAUGCAAUGGCUGCGGAUUGUUCAAGACCAGCAAUAACAACGAAAAAUAUAUUAAAUGGUACAGAAAGUUGUCAUUUUUAUCAACUACAAAAUAAUUUACUGUGUGCUGCAACACAUUCAUCAAUAAUAUUAUUAAAAUGGCAAGCAAAUGAUGAAUAUGAUGAAUUUAUACCUGUUAGAGAAUUUGAAACUGGUGAACCAUGCAGUUGUGCUAUUUUUACAAAUGACUCAUUAAUUGUUGGUUGUCAAAAAUUUUAUCAAAUUAAUUUAAAUACUUAUAAUGCUAAAGAUCUUCCAGAUGGUGAUGAUAGCUCAGAUAGAAUUGAAUUAGCUGGUCUUGCUGGAAUUGGUGUAUUUCCAGUUGCUGUAUUAAAUGUUGGAAAUUUAAAUGAUGGAAGAAUGGAAAUUUUACUGUGUUAUAAUGAAUUUGGAGUUUUCGUUGAUGAAUAUGGACACAGAACAAGAGCUGUAGAUCCAGUUUGGAAUCAUUUUCCAUUUUCAUUUGCUUUUCGUAAUCCGUACCUGUUUAUUGUUCAUUGUGCAACAGUUGAAGUUAUUAAAUUAACUCCAGAUGUAUAUAAACAUAAAUCGAAAAUUCCAGAAAAAACAUUGAUUGAUUUUAACAAUCCAAGAUACCUUGGACUUGCUGGAACACGUGGAAUUUAUGUUUCUAAUGCUACUUCAACAUUGGAUAUUCAAAAAAUUGAUGGAGCUGCUUCUAUUAUGUCUAGAAUGGCUGACAGUGUGGAUUCUUUAUGUGACAACGAUGACAGCAGUUCCGAGUGGAGUUUUUCUCAGAGUCUUGUUGAAACUCUUGAUAAUCCUGGUAAAAAAGUACAUUUUGAGGAAUCAUCCAAUCCAAGACUUUAAGUAUUUAUAAUUUUAAUUUUAAUUAUCUAUUUUAUUUCAUAAUUCUUAUGUUUUUUUUUACACAUAAUAUUUUUCAAUUUGAUCAAGUAUUUUUUUUUUUUUUGUUGUUUCUUUAAAAUGAGUUGAGUCUUGAUACAUAUUUCAAACGAAAAAAUAACUCAACGAGUUUUUUAUAUAAUUGAACAUACAUUUAAUUAACUUUGUUUUAUUUUUAU